GGCCACUUCGGUUGCCAGUUGCUUGCUGCCGAUGUACCGUACGUUCACGGCCGUGGCCGCCCACCCGACGGAGACCGCCGGUGCUGUCUCCCGCCUCGUCUUUGGCUGGGCCAAGCCGUUGCUGUUCGUCGGCAAUCAGCGCAAGCUGUCGCCCGACGACCUGUACCCACUGCCACUUGCGAGCCAAGUCGGUCCGCUCACUUUGCACUUUGCUGACGUGUACGAGCACAAGGACGGUGGUCUUCUCGCCACCUUCUUCUCCAUCUACUGGGGUCGCUUCCUUUGCAUUGGCCUCUUCCAGAGUCUCUCGGUCCUCGGCGACCUCUACGGCCCAGGCUACGUCCUCGGUGCGCUCCUCCGCGCCGUCGCCGCGCCGGUCAUUGAUUUGCAAGCGGUGCUCACGCUCAUUGGGUCGCUGUACCUCGUGCAACUUGUAAACGCCUUCCUCAAGGCGCACUUGGCGUACAUGAACGAGAACCUUGGGCUCCAGUUCUCGUCGUCGCUGCGCGCAAUGCUCUUUGAGAAGGUGCUCCGCCUCCGCGCCGUCGCAUCGUCGACGUCGGUCGCCAAAGAAAAGAUGGCUGCCGACAUUGCCAACCUGAUUUCUACGGAUACAAUCAACGUCAUGGGCUUUGCGAUGAGCAUGCACGCCAUGUGGAUCGUGCCGCUCCAGAUUGCCGCCGUGCUCUACCUCCUCUACUCGAACGUGGGCUGGGCCAUCUUUGUCGGGCUCGGCGUCGUCGCUAUCAUCUUGGUCAUCAACGCGAUCGCGGCCAUGCUCAUGGGCGCCGAGCAAGCGCGUUGCUUUGAGCUCAAGAACGACCGCAUGGCAGUGCUCCAGCAAGUGUUGGCCGCUAUCCAAACCAUCAAAAUGGACGCGCUCGAGGCGGAAUACGAAGCCAAAAUCAAGGCGCUGCGCGGCCUCGAGCUCGCGUCCAUUCACACGCUCAUGCGCAUCAUCCUCGUCCUUCUCUCGUUCAUGAACUGCACAUUGAUUCUCGUGACCUUGGCGGUUGUCGCGACGUUCACGCUCUGGAUGCAGCAAGCAUUGACCGUCACGAUCAUCUUUUCGACGCUCGCGCUCUUCAAGCCGCUCCAGGAUGCGCUUGUGAACCUCCCGAUUGCACUCAUGGCCAUGGUCCAGUCGCUCACGUCGGUCCAGCGCAUCAAUGACAUUCUGCUCCUCGAUGAAGUGAGCGCGGCUAGCGUCUGGGGGCCGUCGCACCCGCUGGCGGCCAUGUACGCCAACGAAGGCGUCGUCGUCGCGAUCGAGACGGGCUCAUUUGCGUGGCAUGCGACCUCGGGCCCGACCCUCCGCAACCUCCACCUCCGCCUUCGACGCGGCGAGCUCGUCGUGCUGCAUGGCGCAAUCGGCCAAGGCAAGUCGUCGCUUCUCGCGGCGCUCCUCGGGGAAAUGCAAAAGCUCGGCGGCUCGGUCUUUGUUGGCGGCAGCGUCGCGUACGUCGCCCAGCAGGCAUGGAUCCAAAACUCCACGAUCCGCGAAAACAUCCUCUUUGGCAAGCCGUACGACCGCGCGACAUACCAAAAGGUCCUCGACGCGUGUGCGCUGACAAAGGACGUCGCUACCCUCGGUGACAUGAACGAGAUGGGCCCCAAGGGCGUUAUCCUCACUGCUAGCCAAAAGGCUCGCAUCGCACUGGCGCGUGCGGUCUGCAGCGACGCCGACAUUUUUCUCUUGGACGCGCCCUUAGCGGCGCUCGACCCGAGCUUGGCCAGCGAGGUCUUUACCAAGUGCAUUCUCGGCCUCUUGGCCAAGAAGACGGUUCUGCUCGUGACACACAACAUGGAGAUCAUCCAGUCGCCCAGUGUGCGUCGCAGCCUCCUCCUGCAAGGCGGGCGGCUUCACGAGACGUCGCGAGACCCGCCCAAGAUGCUGCGCCGCGCCGUCUCGAGUGUCGUUGCGAGCAAGCCCCGCACGCUGCACCGGGCGACGUCGUCGGCCAUGGACGCCAAGCCCGAGAGUGUCCGACCGCUCCAGCGCAUGGCCUCGAGCGUGGCUGAGACCAAGCCGGCGCGCGCGCUCCACCGGGCUGUCUCGGCGGCCGUCGAAGCCAAGUCAGAUAUGCCCCAGCGUCGACUCCACGACCUCCUCGGCUCCCCGUCGCAGCAGUCGAUGCGCAGCCUUCAGUUGCCCGAGAUGCUCGAACCGUUGGCGGAGGAUGCACCAAGUGUCACCGAGUCGAGUCGGCUGCUUCUCGACGACGAGAACGACGACGACGACGGUGACGGACACGUGUCGACGGCCAUUGUUGGCGGCUACGUGCGUGCGAUGGGCGGGUGUGUUGCCGUGACCACGAUCGUCUUGCUGACAAUGAGCCUCCAGCUGCUCAAAAUCGGGGGCGACUUUUGGCUCACGCACUGGGCCAUGACGCCGGACGAGACCGCGACGUUUGGCUACGCGCCCAUGACGCUUUACGCGGCGCUCGCGCUCGGCAGCUGCGUCUUCGUCAUCCUCCAAACGUACGCGGUGAUUGCAUUUGGCUUGCGCGCGUCCCAGCACAUGUUUGGCGCGAUGCUCUCGGCGCUCUUGGCGGCGCCAAUGCGGUUCUUUGCGUCGACGUCGACCGACGCCGUGUGCAGCCGCUGCAGCGACGACGUGGUCGCGUGUGACUUCAGCAUCCCGUUCACGCUUGGCCCGAUCCUCUUUGAAGUCUCGUCGUUUCUGGCGACAUUAUUGACGACGCUGUUCAUGACGCGCUGGCCGGCGCUGCUCGUGCUGCCCCUUUUGUACCUCGACUACAAGCUCGGCGCGUUCUACCUCGAGCCGCUCCAUGAAGUGCACCGUCUCGAGAACGCAUCGCGCGCGCCGCUCUUGCAAGCGAUCGCCGAAGCCAUUGACGGCGCAACGACGCUCCGCGCGUUCAAAGAGACUGCCCGGGUCGAGGCGAGUGCGACGCUCAAGAUCGAGGCAUUUGGCCAAGCACGCGCCGUCGCCACCGCGCUCAACGCGUGGUUCGCUUUGCGCAUGUCGCUAGUCAGCAGCACGAUCGUCGCCGCCUUCCUUUGCGGACUGGUGGCGCUCCGGCAUCGCCACGAGCUCAGCUUUGGCCUCCUCGGGCUUUUGAUCACGUAUGUUCUCGCCAUGCCGGCCAAUCUGAGCUACCUCGCGACGGUGUGGUCGCAGCUCGAAGCUGCGAUGCGGUCGCCCGAGCGCCUCCAAGAGUAUAUGGCGAUCGAGUCUGAAGGCGACGCGACAACGACACUUGCCAACUGGCCCACGAAUGGUGCCAUCACGUUUGACGAUGGGGCUCUUGUGCACAGCGGGUCUCCGAAGGCGCUCUUCAAGCAGCGCCACGAGCUCUUCCUGGAGCUCCUUCGCGAGGGCGGCUACACUGGCAAGCUACCCUAACCUAACGUGCGACGGGACUUGAUAAUUUUCAAAAGCUUUCCAUGAGUC